GAUCGCUCCGGAUCGCUCGUCGACGGUGUUCGACGGCGGCUCGCCUCGGACGAAUCUGGAGGCCGCGUCGCUUGCGAAAUCACGUGCAUGCGGAAUACGUGCGUCGGCGGUUCUAAUCUACCGCCAGUUCCGCUAUUCGAGUGUCGCGCGACGCAGGGCAGCACCGACGUACGUCGUGCACCACACGUCGUGUCCCCGAUUCCGGAUUCCGGCCACUCCGGGCGCUCCGUUCUCUCCCGCGAUUCUUCGGCCGCACACGCCACCGUUCGCACGCUGCACGCGAGACUCGGGGAUUUCUGCGGAAAUUCGCGCGGCGCACCCACGGCACCGGCCAUGGACGACAUUCUCGAGAGCUGGGAGCAGAUAGAGGAGACCGGCGCACUUGACAAAAGACUGGAGGCCCUUCGCUUGAAUACAGAGGAAGAGGUAGAAUCUUCUAGGACGAGUCACGAUGCAAAUACAAGGAUGAUCUUAUUAGGAGAAGAUGGCCUUAGAUCUCAAUAUGUACCUCCAAAACCUAUGGUAAAGAUAUUAAAGAGACCAACCGGAGACUCGCGGGGCAGCGGCGAUGGUCCAUUUGAUGAUAAACCUAAACAACCUAUUAAAUCUCUGAAACAACGGGAGCAAGAAUAUGCAGAGGCGCGUAGAAGAAUUUUAGGAGAAGAGAAGAGUCCAGAAGAAAAGAUGAUGCAGGAAAUCAAUAGAAUUCAAGCCAAGUCGAGCACGCCAAAUGGCAACAAUUUUCCCAACAAUGUUGUUCGCAUGCCUAUAGGCCCAGACGGCACCCGGGGAUUCAACGUACGCAGGUAGCGCGUCUUCCGUUCAACUUUUUCCCAUCAUCAUCUUCUUCCUCUCCUUCUUACUCGCUGCCACGGGGAAGGAGAACGGCUAUGAGGCCGAUGGAACAAAAAAUAUCUUCGCGCUCCCGAUCAGAGCGAAAGAAAUGUCACAGAGCUGCAUCCUGCGAACAGCCAUUACGUGGACUUGCGAAGAUCGAGAAGAUAUUCAACCAAAAA